ACAAGGACUUAGUAUCCAAAUAUGUUAUUGAGUUGUGCCACGGAAUUAUCCGCUUACGAAUAAUGAAGAUAAAUGCUAAUACAAAAAUUAUUGGGAAAAAUGUUAUUUUAGUGCCAUACAGGGCAGAACAUGUACCAAAUUUGGAAGAAGUAUUGCCAGCCGCGGUGGCCGAGCGGUUCUAGGCGCUUCAGUCUGGAACGGCGCGACUUAUACGUUUGCAGAUAUCAUGAAUGGAUGCAAUCUGAAGAGCUUCAGCAUCUCACUGCCUCUGAACCAUUAACACUCGAAGAAGAAUAUUCAAUGCAACAAAGCUGGCUUCAUGAUGCCAACAAAUGCACAUUCAUCAUAAUUGAAAAACAAGAAUUCAAAAGAAGUGGCAAUGAAAUUGGUUCCAUGGUAGGAGAUACAAAUCUGUUUCUUCAAGAACCUGAAGACAGUCAGUCAGCAGAAAUUGAAAUAAUGAUUGCUGAAGAAAAAGCCAGAGGCAAGAAAUAUGGCUGGGAAGCAACUUUAUUGAUGCUGUGUUACGGGUGUGAAGUCCUUGGAAUUAAAAAGUUCCAAGCCAAAAUUGGUCUGGACAAUGUUAAAAGCAUAUCCAUGUUCUCCAAGAUGGGAUUUAAUAAACUGCUUGGUUUCAGGUUAGUGAAAGUAACAUCUUUCAAGAAGUUACCAUGGAAAGGAUAGUUGACAAUGGCUGGAAGACCUGGCUCCUGGAACAAACACAAGGCUCAGAACAAGUGAAAGAUUAGUAUCUAUCUUUGUCCCAAUAGUUGCAUGUGGAUAGUGACUGAGAACAGGUUAAAACUGCAGUGUUGUCUCAAAAUUGUUGAUUCACAAUAUUUGUUGCUUUUACAAUUAAGAAAUGGGAAUCACAGCUGAGAGUUACAUUUGCAUCGCUGAAGGACAAACUUUUUUUUUUAAAUAUUUUAUUGUAUACUGUAUAAGAUAACAAAAGUAUUUUAAUGUAAACUAUAUAAAGUAUGUAAUAGAAAUAAAUGACAAAAAUAUA